AUGGGGGUCCAGGUGCCCUCACGUGGACGGGGCCCGCUCUCCCCUCGGGGAACCCAGAGCGGGGCUUCCUUCCGGCCGGCCUUACCUCCCGCUGGAGCCCGGGCCUGGCCCCAGCCCCUUCUGAGGACAGGGGCCGGGGUCUCCCCCUUCUCUCUGCUUGAGGCGGAGGGGCGCCAGCCUCGGCUGUUACACAUCUCGCACCGAGACAGUAUUGGGCCCGCCCGCGGACUUGGGUUGAGAGGGGGUGGGGGUCUGCCCCUGGCACCGGCUGCCUCCUGCUCCCAUUGCUCUGGUCACGGGGACCAGAGGUGCCACGAGGUGGGGAAGCGGGUGGAGGAGGUACCUGGGGUGCUCAAGCGCAGGUUGGGAGGUGGAGGUUACUUCACGGGGGAGCUGGUGAAGAGUCUGUGGAAGAUGCCUGGACUGGGGGAUGUCAAGCCGCUGGGUUCCAUCCUGCCGCGUCUCUGCCGCCGCCUGCCAGCGUACCGGCACCAGCAGGCAUGCUGGGUCACUGGUAGAAACGAGAUCCUUCUCAGCUCUUGUUUUGCAUCUGAGGGACUCCUUAUGGACACUGCUGUCACGCCUCCAGCCGCUUCACAAGCUUUUCUCCAGGUGCAGGUGCCUCGGCUGGCUCAGCUGCCCCCGAUGACAAACACUUACCUGGUCUCCAGUUUGCUGCCAUCGGCACAUUUCGUCUUUGCCUCUGCACCUGCCCAGGUGAAGCGUGCUCAGCACGCAUGCGCCCACACGCAUUUAAAGCACCUGUCGCGGGUCCUCCGCUCAGCAGGAAGAGGCGGGCACUCGGCUGGACCCUUGACGCCAGCCCGAAGGAUGCUGAGUCCAAACGCCUGCCUCGACCCAGAGCCUCGGAGCACCUCAAUCCCUGAUGGCGUCCUGGCGGGCAGGAGCGUCUCCCCAGGACUCCCGGAGAGGCCCCCAGGGCCUUGCGCGCCUCCGGGGCUGGAGGAGGCUCUGAGUGCGCUGGGGCUGGAGGGAGAACGUGAGUAUGCCAGGGACAUCUUCGCCGAAGUCAUGGUGUGCCGCGCGCUGCCCCGGAGGGCCCUGCCCCGUACCGUGACCCCGGAGAUGCGCGCGCUAGUGGUGGACUGGCUGGUUCAGGUGCACGAGUACCUGGGUCUGGCGGGGGACACGCUCUACCUGGCCGUGCACCUGCUUGACUCCUACUUACGCGCGAGCCGAGUGCGCCUACACCGCCUGCAGCUGCUGGGCAUGGCCUGCCUGUUCUUGGCGUGCAAAGUGGAAGAAUGCAGGCUUCCCGAGCCCUCCUCCCUCUGUCUCCUGGGCGCUGGCUCCUUCUCGAGGGCUGAGCUUCUGCGCGCGGAGCGCCGCAUCUUGAGCCGCUUGGAUUUCCGGCUGCACCACCCGGGCCCGCUACUUUGCCUCGGGUUGCUUGCUGCUCUGGCCCGGAGCGGCCCCCAGGUGUUGCUACUCGCCACUUACUUCUUGGAGCUGUCUCUGCUAGAGGCCGAAGCCGCAGGGUGGGAGCCGGGUCGCCGUGCAGCUGCGGCGCUGAGCCUGGCUCAUCGGGCACUCGACGGAGCAGGUUCCGGGCCUGAGCCGGCACUCUACAGCCGAGCGGAGCUGGGCCCGCUCGAGCCGUGCAUGGUCCGCGCUGCGCUCCGAGGCCCCGCGCCCGGCCGCGCCGCCGUCUUCCUCAAGUACGCGCGGCCCCAGCGCCAGGGCACCAGCCUCGCCGCCGCCUGCCUGCUCCGCCACUCCCCACCGGCGCCUCCCUGAGCCCGGAGACCCCAGCAAAAAAAGACUCCUCUUGUGCGUCGGUUUCCCACUUCAAUAAAAAAGUUUUUAUUCCGA